GCGGAAAAACCAAUAGCACCGGUGGCUGCAUCUAAAGAUGAAGAGUACUGGAUUCAUGUAGAUGACGAACCACCGAAAGAUGACGAGGAGUCCCCUUCGUUGUUUAAUAUUCCUCCGGAGAUGUAUCAUUUUCUCGAUUUGGCGAGUUUUUUCGAGCCAAAGGCAAGUGUUUAGACUAAAUUUUGGAAAUACUAGGAUUACCAACCAGUUUGCGCCUGAAAUGCAAUAUUAA